AGAAGAAGAAGAAGAAGAAGAAGAAGAAGAAAAAUUAGAUAGUAUAUUGUCUUUUGUUUAACGAGGAAUGUUGGUUGAUACAUCAUGAACGGAGCAACGUCGGUCACGACUUCGGAGGAACACCAGCAUCAGCAUCAGCAACCGCAAAAUGAUCCAUCUCAGGAACAUCCGAGAAGUCCUACCAGUCCUUUGAGUAUUCGACACGAUUCAGGCGAGAGCAGCGUAAUCUCCCCAGGAUUACCAGAACGAUACAGUCCUCUUGGGGCGACAGGAUCGACCUCGAGUCACGAUCCUUACGCCUCGAGAUCUGUCCAAGAAUGCCCUGUUCCUCUUUGCAGAGGAAUACCGACUGAUUUCCCUCUCGCGAGGUCGCCCUAUUUAACCGCCCUUGGUAACGGCCAUCCUCAUCUGUUGGGCCAAGUUCAGCAACAACAGCAGCAGCAGCAACAACAGCAGCAACAACAACAGCAAUUGCAACCGCAACAUGGUAGUAAACCACCGCGAAGCCUCGGUUUGAUAUGCGUGGUCUGCGGUGAUACCAGCUCCGGCAAACAUUACGGAAUUCUCGCUUGCAACGGAUGUAGUGGAUUCUUCAAACGAAGCGUCAGGCGGAAGUUGAUAUACAGAUGUCAAGCCGGUACCGGAAGAUGUGUCGUGGACAAAGCUCAUCGAAACCAAUGUCAAGCGUGCCGUUUGAAAAAAUGUAUGCAGAUGGGGAUGAAUAAAGACGCGGUACAGAAUGAACGGCAACCCAGAAACACUGCCACCAUUAGACCAGAGGCUCUCGUCGAGAUGGACCAGGAACGAGCGCUUCGAGAGGCAGCGGUCGCCGUCGGUGUCUUUGGACCACCUGUGUCUUUGGCCAUGGCGAGAUACACGACACCACUGCCUUUACCCACCGUUGCCCCGACGACAAAUUCGACGAACCCUCCGACACCACCUCGACAGGAUAACGAAGAUGGAAAUGCAUCCGAGGAUAGUAUAGACGUAACGAACGAAGAACCAUUGACACCCCAAAGGAGCGGUUGCACGCAAAUUCCGCCUGUGAUCCCCUCCUUGUAUUCGCCUGCAAGUGCUGAAACGGUCUACGAAACCAGUGCUAGAUUGCUCUUCAUGGCUGUAAAGUGGGCCAAGAAUCUUCCGUCUUUCGCGAGUUUGCCUUUCAGGGAUCAGGUGAUACUACUAGAAGAGGCCUGGUCAGAGCUUUUCCUUCUGAACGCAGUGCAGUGGUGCCUUCCACUUGAAUCAUCGCCCCUAUUCAACUCCGCGGAAUUGACUGCUUUGACAUUAUCGCCGCAUCCUCACCCCCAUUCCGGAAUCCAUAUGCAAACCACGACGGGUAAACCGAGUCAGGUGGCAGCGGAUGUGAGGCAUUUGCACGAUACCUUGCAGAGAUAUAAGGCUGUCAUGGUUGAUCCUGCUGAAUUCGCCUGUAUGAAAGCCAUAGUACUAUUUCGACCAGAGACCCGUGGUUUAAAGGAUUCGAGUCAGAUAGAAAAUCUGCAGGACCAAGCCCAAGUGAUGUUGGGCCAACACGCCAGAGCGCAGCAACCAGGUAGCCCGGCAAGAUUCGGCAGGUUACUGCUGUUGCUUCCAUUGCUGAGGACAGUGCCUGCCUCCAGGGUGGAAUUGAUAUAUUUUCACAGAACAAUCGGCAACACUCCAAUGGAGAAAGUCUUGUGCGAUAUGUAUAAAAAUUAAAAAAAAAAAAAAAAAAAAGAAGAUUCUCAUCAAAGAUAAGUUUUCUAUCGACUUAUAAUAUAAGAUCGAUCCUGUAACAUAUUUCACAUUUUUCGCAUUCGAACGAAUGCCUUUGAAUAUAAAAAUUCGAUAAUCUGCAAAGUGAAUCUACCGCAGAUGCCUGAUCGAAAUUCCUUUGUAAUAUCGUCUCUUUAAGUGUGAUAUAAAAAAAAAAAAGCACGAAAGACUUUUCCUCGCGAAAGUAUAUAUAUAUACUGACGUAUUUAGGUGCAGCGUAGGCGUUGGAAGUACAGUUUUAACGGCAGAUUAUUAAAAAAAAAAAAAAGAAAGACUAGAAAGUAUAAAUAAAAGCAAUCGAGCAACCGACCAAAUAGUCGAGAAUGAUCGAUCGAAGGUGAUAGUUUACAAGAAAGCCUUGGCCUAAGGAUGAAGCCCCAAAUAUGAAUUGAAUUUGCGACCUAGUGAUUUUUUUUUCUUACUAGAUCCAAGGUCGAGUAACGAUAGAUCCUUCGAGAAAGGUGAACGAAUCGACGAAUAACAGUAUUUAAUUUAAUGGUUCAACGGUAUCUAAGUGAAACGAAGGAUACUCAGUUCCGACAUGAAGAUAUAAAUAUAUAUAUAUAUACAUAUUUAUUUAUCAUAGAGAUGUUUAUCGAACAUUAGAUUCGACAUGUUGACCAAAUCAUUUUUUAAUUCUUCGAUUUUAAGUAAUCAAUUUUAUACGAAUCAUCGGGUUAAAAAAGAAACACUGAAAUGAAAAAUUUUCGUUUAAUUUAUUCGAUAUUUUUUUUUACAUAUAUAUAUAUAUCUCGGUUUCUUUUCUUCUCUUAUUAUACUUUCUGAAAUAUGUAAGAUAAAAAUUUUGAAUAUACGAGUAAACUGAUACGAACUUUCGGACAAUUGUAAAAAGAUACACUUGUCUGUGCUUUUCUUGUAUAUUUCGUGUUGUGAUACUAUUUGCUGUAAAAAUCUAGAUACUGAGUCACGUGACAUAUAUUGUAACGAUUACGUAACCACUUGUAAUAAAAGUACACAUGCGUAAGAAUCAUCGAAACGUCGAAUUAAUGACCCUCCUAUUGACAAAAUAUUCUAGAAAUUUCUUUAACGAAAUAAAAAAAAAAAUUUAUUUGCUACUCUACGACAUCUCGUA